UGUGUCUUUGUUAUUUCAGAUUAACAGAUGACAUUGGCAUAAAAGAAGAGACAUAAUCCUUUUAUGAUAAAUCUGUGGCAGGAUCACUCUGAAAUACUUGCUCUCAGCUGAGAUUAACAGCAGUAUUUGUGUUUGAAUUCUAAUUAAACUCGGAUGAAUUUCUAAGAGUUCUGAGAAUAUUAGAUUUCAGAAGAUUAUAGCUGAUUAAAGUGGAAAUACUUGUAAGGAAUAUACUUGUAACUCAAAGAAGAAAACUCAAACUACAGUGGAAAAUUUUAAAUAUUUGAUCUAUUUUCUCCAUUGAAGUGAUGCCGAAAGUUAUACAUAAUUCAUCAUGUUGUGAUAUCUGUGGUAAAUCAUUCAGGACAAGUAGUCAUAUCACUAGACACAAGCAUAUUCAUACGGGGGAGAAGCCAUAUCACUGUGAAAUCUGUGGAAAAUCGUUCACUCAAGGUGGUAUCUUAACUAGACACAAACGUAUUCAUACAGGAGAGAAGCCAUAUCCCUGUGAUACCUGUGGCAAAUCCUUCUCUCAUAGUAAUGUCUUAGUUAAUCACCAGCGUACUCAUACAGGGGAGAAGCCAUAUUGCUGUGACAUCUGUGGUAAAUCAUUCUCACAGAAUGCUACAUUAAUGAGACAUAAACUUAUUCAUACAGGAGAAAAACCGUAUCGCUGUGAUAUCUGUGGUAAAGCAUUUGCUUUAAAUAGUGGUUUAACUUCUCAUAAACGUGUUCAUACUGGAGAAAGGCUAUUUCACUGUGAUAUUUGUGGUAAAUUAUGCUCAACUGCACGUGAAGUAAGUUUACAUAAACGUGUUCAUACAGGAGAGAAACCAUAUCACUGUGAUAUUUGUGGUAAAUCGUUCUCUGUAAGUAGUGCCUUAACUUCUCACAAGCGUAUUCAUACUGGAGAGAAGCCAUAUCACUGUGACAUUUGUAGUAAAUCGUUCUCUGUAAGUAGUGCCUUAUCUACUCACAAGCGUAUUCACACAGGAGAGAAGCCAUAUCACUGUGAUGUCUGUGGUAAAUCAUUCUCUAGCCAUAAUAUCUUAAGUAGUCACAAAGUCAUUCAUACCGGGAAGAAGCCCUAUCACUGUGAUAUUUGUGAUAAAUACUUUUCACAACAUAGUACCUUAACAAAACACAAACGUAUACAUACAGGAGAAAAACCAUUUGAGUGUCAUAUUUGUGGCAAAAAAUUUUCUCGAAAGGAUCACUUAAACAAACACAAGCGUGUUCAUACAGGAGAGAAACCAUACCAUUGUGAUGUCUGUGGUGUGUCAUUUUCUACAGAUAGUAAUUUAAUUAGUCACAAGCGUAUUCAUACAGGGAAGAAGCCAUAUUGUUGUGAUAUCUGCAGUAAACCAUUCUCUGCAGGUAAUGCCUUAAUUACUCACAAGCGUAUUCAUACGGGAGAGAAGCCGUACCACUGUGAUAUCUGUGGUAAAUCAUUCACUCAGGGUAGUGUCUUAACUGGGCACAAACGUAUUCAUACAGGAGAGAAGCCAUAUCCCUGUGAUACUUGUGGCAAAACCUUCUCUGAUAAUUAUGUCUUAAUUAAUCACCAGCGUACUCAUACAGGGGAGAAGCCAUAUAACUGUGACACCUGUGGUAAAUCAUUCUCACAGAAUGGUACAUUAAUGAGACAUAAACGUCUUCAUACAGGAGAGAAACCAUAUCACUGUGAUAUCUGUGGUAAAUCGUUUGCUUUAAAUGGUGGUUUAACUUCUCAUAAACGUGUUCAUACUGGAGAGAGGCUAUUUCACUGUGAUAUCUGUGGUAAAUUUUUCUCAACUGUAAGUAAAGUAAGUUUACAUAAACGUAUUCAUACAGGAGAGAAACCAUAUCACUGUGAUAUUUGUAGUAAAUCAUUCUCUGUAAGUAGUUCUUUAACUACUCACAAGCGUACUCAUACUGGAGAGAAGCCAUAUCACUGUGAUAUUUGUAGUAAAUCGUUCUCUGUAAGUAGUGCCUUAUCUACUCACAAGCGUAUUCAUACAGGAGAGAAGCCAUGUCAUUGUGAUAUCUGUGGCAAAUCAUUCACUAACCAUAGCAUUUUACGUAAUCACAAACGUAUUCAUACAGGGGAGAAGCCAUAUCAUUGUGAUAUCUGCAGUAAAUCAUUUGCUGCAGGUAAUGCCUUAACUACCCACAUGCGUGUUCAUACAGGAGAGAAGCCAUAUCACUGUGAUAUUUGUGGUAAAUCAUUCGCUGUAUGUAAUGCCUUAACUUUCCACAAGCGUAUUCAUACAGGAGAGAAACCCUAUCACUGUGAUGUCUGUGGUAAAUCUUUCUCUGUAAGUAGUUCCUUAAAUACUCACAAGCGUAUUCACACGGGGGAGAAACCAUAUUGCUGUGGUGUCUGUGGUAAAUCAUUCUCUCAAAGUAGUAUCUUAAGUAGACACAGAACUGUACAUACAGGAGAGAAACCAUUUGAGUGUCCUAUUUGUGGCAAAUCGUUCUCAGGAAUACAUCAGGUAAUUGAGCACAAACGGAUUCAUACAGGUGAAAAGCCCUAUCAGUGUGAUGUUUGUGGUAAAUCCUUCUCUCUAAAUGGUAAUUUGACUAAACACAAAAGUAUUCAUACAGACAAGUGACCAUUUCACUGUGAUAUGUAUGGUAAGUCAUUCACUCAAAAAUCCAACUUCGCUUCACAUGGAUCUAUCCAUAAAAAUAUGUGACUGCAGCAUUCACAAAACUAAUUAUAUUUUACCACAGCAAACAAUAUUUAAAAAAAACAUUUUCCGUAAUAAAUCAGAUUCGCUUUAUGCACAUAAAAGUAGUCCAUGAAUAAUUAUAUACAUGAUGGUACUGUUUUUGAAGUAAUGUUCUAUAGCCUGAAGCACUUCCUUAUUUCAGCCCCUGUAGUGAUGUCUUACCUUGGAUACGCAUACUUUAUUUGGACAUUUGCUAUUUUGAAAAAAAUUCAUUGUGUAUGAAAUGACUGAUAUAACCAUGAAUGUAUUCAUGCAGACAAGAUAUUACAUAGUAAUAACAAGAACGUUCUUAAUAAAUACUUUUUAAAAUUACACAUUUUGCUCCAUUUCAACCAUCUACUUAUACUGUACAUUCUUUUAUCAUUUUGUCUUACAUAUACCUUUUUCUUUGGUGAUUGACUAUAAAUUA